AUGGCAUUGGUAUCUGCAGCACCAUAUUUGGCAUUAUUGGGAGAACCCGAUUCAACUUUAAAAUCGUAUGCCUUAUCAUCUUUAAAUCAAGUUGUUGAUCAGUUAUGGGCUGAAAUUGCCAAUAAUAUCACUGAAUUGGAAGAAUUAUAUGAAGAUGAUUCAUUCGACAGGAAAGAAUUGGCCGCUUUGGUCAUAUCGAAAGUUUAUUACAAUUUGGGAGAUUUCGACGCCGCCGUUAAAUAUGCAUUAUAUGCUGGCAAUGAAUUUAAUUUGGAAGAAAAAUCUCAAUAUAUGGAAACCAUUGUAAGUCAAUGUAUCAAUUUGUACAAUUCAUUAUCUCAACAGAAAUUCAACGAUUCAACAACAAAGAUUGAUCCUCGUUUGACAGCCAUUUUCGAAAAAAUGUUGAACAAAUGUUUGAAAGCCAAUGAAGUAAAAUUAUCAUUAGGGGUUGCCUUGGAAAGUUACCGAUUAGAUUUAGUUGAAUCGAUUUUACAAGACCAAAUAAAAAACAAUGAAGAACAAGCUUUGAAUUUGAUCAACUAUGUGUUAGUGUGCUCAAAUAAUACUGUUAGCAACACUAAUUUUAGAGUACAAGUGUUGAACUCCUUGAUAUCUUUAUUAUUAUCUUUGAAAAAGCAUCAAGAUUUUUUCACAAUCAUUAAAAUCAUUGUACAAUUGAACGAUUCUGAAUUAGCUGUCAAAUUAUUCCAAGAAUUGAUAAACCAAAAUGAAGAUUUAAUUGCUUACCAAGCAGCCUUUGAUUUAGUUAAUGCUGCUUCACAAGAAUUAUUGGACUUGGUGAUGGAAAAAUUGUCUAACGCCAAGGAAUCUGAAAAUGGCACCUUGAAGAAGAUUUUGAAUAUAUUGUCUGGAGUGCCAACCUGUGAUUUGGACAAUACAUUUUUAUUCAAAAACAAUAAUGCUGAUAUCACCAUUUUGAACAAAACCAAGAACUUAUUAGAUGGCAGAAGUUCGAUUUUCCAUUCGGCAGUCACAUUUGCCAAUGCUUUCAUGCAUGCUGGUACUACCGAUGAUUCAUUCUUUAGAAAGAAUUUGGAAUGGCUUGGUAGAGCAACCAAUUGGUCUAAAUUUUCUGCUACUGCAGCAUUGGGUGUUAUUCACAAAGGGAAUUUAUCACAAGGACGUACCAUAUUAAAACCAUACUUGCCAGGAUCAUCUGGUUCAGCCAACAACAAAGGUGGUUCCUUGUUUGCCCUUGGAUUGAUCUUUGCUGGACAUGGUAGAGAAGUCAUUGGAACUUUGAAAUCAUUUAUUGACGACAACGGGAAUGCCGCAGGAUCCAACGAUAUUGAUAUUCAAUUGCAUGGAGCAGCUUUAGGUGCAGGUGUUGCCGGUAUGGGCUCAAAAAGUGAAAGUCUUUACGAAUCUUUGAAAGUGGUUUUGUACUCUGAUUCAGCAAUCUCGUCACAGGCUGCUGCUUUGGGUAUGGGAUUAGUAAUGUUGGGUUCAGGAAAUGAGGAAGCCAUCAAGGAUAUGUUAACUUAUGCCUUGGAAACUCAACACGAAAAUAUUAUUCGAGGAUUAGCUAUUGGUAUUGCCUUGUUGAGUUAUGGCCGUGAAGAAAAAGCCGAUGAAAUCAUUGACCAAUUGAUGAACCAAGAAUCGUCGAUUUUGAGAUAUGGGGGUGCAUUUACUAUCGCCUUAGCUUAUGCUGGUACAGGAAACAACAAUGCUAUUAAGAAAUUAUUACAUUUUGCAGUUUCUGAUCCCAGUGAUGAUGUAAGAAGAGCUUCUGUCUUGAGUUUGGGAUUCUUACUUAUUCGUGAUUACACAGCAGCACCACAAAUUGUUAAAUUAUUAUCUCAAUCCCACAACCCUCAUGUGAGAUAUGGUACUGCUUUAGCUCUAGGUAUUUCUUGUGCUGGAAGAGCCUAUCCUGCUGCAAUUGAAGUUUUGGAACCAUUGACGAAAGAUGCAGUUGACUUUGUAAGGCAAGGUGCUUUAAUGGCCAGUUCGAUGAUUUUAAUUCAACAAAAUGAAUUUAUCUAUCCAAAGGUUAAAGAAUUCACUAAACAAUAUGCUGACACUAUUAAAAACAAACACGAAGAUGCAUUGGCUAAAUUCGGUGCUACUUUGGCACAAGGUAUAAUAGAUGCCGGAGGCAGAAACUCAACUAUAAAUUUGGAAAAUUCACAAACAAACACAUUGAAUACAAAGGCAAUUGUUGGGUUGACAUUAUUUGUGCAAUCAUGGUACUGGUUCCCAUUGGCUCAUUUCUUAUCUUUAUCAUUUGCUCCUACUUCGAUCAUUGGUGUGAGAGGUCAAGAUUUGAAGGCACCUAAAUUUGAAUUGAAUUGUCAUGCCAAUCCAGAAUAUUUCCAAUAUCCUCCAAAAGUGGAAGAGGCCAAAGAGAAACAGCCAGAUAAAUUGGCCACAGCCGUGUUAUCUACAACUGCUAAAGCUAAAACUAGAGCCAAAAAGAAACAAUCUCAGAAAGAAGGUGGUGAUAUCAAAGCUGAAGAUAAGAUGGAUGUUGACGAAGAAACGAAACCGAAAGUUGAUGCCAAAGAAAGUAAUGACGAUGAAAAGAAGGAAACGAAGAAGCAACCAGUUUCAGAUGAGCCAGUGACUGUUCGUUACGCCAGAACUCCUUACAAAAUUUCAAAUUUGUCUAGGGUAUUACCGGUGCAAUCUAAUUUUAUUUCCUUUAUUAAAGACGAUAGGUUUGUUCCAGUAAGAAAGUAUCGUGGGUCUAGUGGUAUAGUGGUAUUGCAAGAUAACAAACCAGAAGAGAAAGUAGAGUUUAUCAAGACAGUCAGACAAUUGAACAUCACCGAAGCACCAGUGCCUGAACCAUUUACAUUGAGUGGUGAAGAUUUGCAAGAUGAUGAAUAA